AUGAAUAAAGGAAAGAUAAUGAGGAAGUUGCUUGGACAACCUGCCGUUGCUAUUGAGGUUUCCGACACCAAUAAUAUUGACUCGCCUCAACUCCGACCGUCUGCUUCACAGGGCACUGUCUAUUCAGCAGGCGCACCACUUACAUGUCUCGGUCGUGCACCGGAUGGUUCGCGCGCUGUUAUAGCUGGACCGAAAGUCUUCAAGAUCGUUAAAACGGAAGGCUCGACAAUUACAGAAGAUAUUGAUCUUCGAACCUCGAUAUCUUCGUAUGCAGCCGGGCAUGAUGGAGCGGCAGCUACCACAGAACAACUCAAUAUCAGGGCCGUUCGAUGGUCUCAUGCGCAAUUCAGCUCUACAAUAGUAACAGCCGGUGGAAAUGGAAGGAUAACUGUCUAUGAUCUCACUCGCGCAGGAGGAGAAGGAUUCGAGCUUGCGCGGAUCCAGGAACACGGCCGGCAAGUUCAUAAGCUUGCGAUCAAUUCAUUUAAGGGGAACUGGUUAUUGUCGGCCAGCCAAGAUGGAUCUGUGAAGUGUUUCGAUCUGCGUGACACGCGUCGAAGUGUAGCUACUUACAAAUGUAACGCAGAUGCUGUUAGGGAUGUCAAAUGGUCGCCGACGGAUGGCAUGGAAUUUGCGUGUUCAACGGAUGCUGGAAUCUUGCAAAAGUGGGACUUUAGGAAGGCGCAUGCUCCCAUGAUGAAGAUCACCGCUCACAAUAGUGCUGUCUUCUCCAUUUCAUGGCAUCCAGACGGAGAUCAUAUUGUAAGUGGAGGCAAAGACCAGCAAUGCCACGUGUGGGAUAUGUCGAAGUCGGAGAGGGGUCAAAGGGCACGAUACUCAUUCGCUACUCCCGCGCCUAUCUCGAACGUCUGUUGGAGACCUGCUUGUUGGACAGCCACAGGUCAAGGUAAGAGAGUUGCCCAAGUGGCCGUUUCUUAUGAUGAUACCAGCGCCAAUAGAGCCCAAUUCUCAACAAUACACCUAUGGGAUAUCGCUAGAUCGGCCAUGCCAUUCAAAGAAAUCGAGGUGUCAAACAGCGCGCCCACGGGCAUACUUUGGAGCACUCGAGAUCUUUUGUGGAGCGUCGAUAAGGAAGGUCACUUUGUACAAACAGAUGUAGCAUUUUCACCAAAGGUGAUCGAUCGUAGGAGUUUAUCAACACUUUCUUUCUCUCCUACAGGCGAUGUAUUAAUGUUACUUGAGGAGCGACAAGCUCCUAAACGAAUUCGGCCUUCUAUCAAUUCUCCAGAGCUAUCUUCGAGCCUUCAACAGCAUUCAAAUGCUCCGUCCUUUGCUGUUAGUCACAGCGAUUCGGAGGAGGAUGUUGUUGGCAGUUUUCUAGGCCCAAGAAGACGAAAGCAUCAUCGAAGGCGGCAUAGUGGACGAAUGACGCAAAAUUUGAGCACUACUCCGCCCAAUGCGACAGGAAUGGCCGAUAGUAAAGUAAUGGGAUUAGAAGAUGCUGUACAAAUUACUGGAAUAUACAAGCCGCGACAAAUAAUGGCCAUUGGCCAUGCUCCUUCGACGCCAAAGCGUGUGAAGUAUCAAUAUAUGUCUAGUUGCUAUUUGGAAUAUAUGAUGAAGAACGCAAGUGAAACAGCCGACAAUAUCCCUUUGAAUGUCACCAUUUCAACGACUAUAGAGCACUUUGCUAGGGGUGCAGAGAACGCCCGAUAUUACCGGCUGGCUCAAACUUGGAGAUUGCUCGGUUUCACGAUGGACCUCUUGCUAGUCAGACGUGCAGAGUCCCAUCGCCAGUACAGACUACAAAAUCUCUCGGGAAAAGAUGGGAGAUCAAAAGAUAUCAAGAUCUUCGCAAAACUUGAUGAAGAAUAUGACGAGUCAAAUGAAAAGACUCCUCGGAAGAGUCAACGCCCUGUGGCUUCAAACGGGGUAGCCUCCCACUCAGUUGUGAGAUCAAUCAUCGCGGAUGAGAUUGAAAGUACUUCGAAUAUGGCAACCCCACUUGUUCGGCCUGUCAUGGAUUCUAUUGCAGAAAUGUCGGAAGCCGUAGAUAUACCAAAGGUAGAAAAUGACGCGUUGGUACUUUCGCCCCCCGCCACCUCAACAGUUCUUGAGCCAAUACCAGUCUCAGUACCUGGAAGUUUCACCUCUGAGCAGACGACAUCAAGUGUAGAGGGUUAUGACUUUUAUGGUAUGGAUGCUUUCAAGCCGAGUGCCGGUAUCGUUCCGCCUAGAAAACAACCCCUUCGGUUAGACUACUCGGAACAAAACAGUUACGCACAACGAAUGGGACUUAUUCGUCAUGAUUCUGGUGAGAGUUUUCAAAUGUUUUCAACAUCAAACGAUUCACAAUCUAAAUAUCUUGGUGGUGGUUCGGAUAGCGAUGUCCACAGCGUAAAGAGAGAUGGAUCCCUGCGAGAGAGAGUCUCUAGCUGGGAAGGCAACGUCGCUGCAAAUUCUAAAGCCACAUCAAGUCUCAACUCCCGCCCGUCAGAAGAAUCUAUGGAGAAAAUUUCUGAAGAGCUACCCAAAAUCGUAGUUCCAGCCCCCAAAAUUUCCUCGCCAAUACAAACGCACCGCAAACCUCCACCAGCACCAACAACUCAGUCUGCCUGGGAAAACAAUUCUUCUGAUCCAAAUCUCAUUGAAACGGAUUUUCUACCUUGGCCCAACGACAAAGAUACCGAAUUCGUCAUCGCCCCACUAAACCCCAUCACCCUUGUUCAACGCGCUAUCGAGUUCGAAACUCAGACUGGCGCUUUGAAUGCAGCUGCAAUGAUCCUCCUUCUUCGACGCCUUCUCCCGCCGAAUACCAUCGAUCCAAUCCACGCAGAAGCCAUUCUCCGCCAAUACAACCAUCGGCUCAUGGGCAUGCAACUUUUCCACGAAGCGGCUCUUCUUCGAAAUCUGUGCGUAACCCACUACCCUUCCAUUUAUGCAUCUACACAAGAACAAGUCAGUAUUGGCUUUUACUGCACAGAGUGUAACAAACCACUUGAUAAUGAUCCACUUGUCCCUGGCUCCGAAUGGUCAUGUCCACGUUGUCGAAAUCCGAUCAUGGCUUGUCCGAUUUGUCAGCAUGGGGCUGAUGCACCUGGAAUGGAAGGAGCACAGACAUGGUGGUAUUGUGGAGGUUGCGGACACGGGGGACAUACGGUUUGUAUGGAUGAAUGGCAUGCGGACGCCGGGGCUGAUUGGAAAGAGGGCGAGAGGUAUAGUGGGGGUAUGUGUCCGUUGGAGGGCUGUAUGCAUCCUUGUUUGGAGGGAAGGUGGAGGGAAGAAUUGGUAGAGGAAAGGAAGGAGAGGAGGUCGAGGGAGUUAGACAGAGAGGUUAAAGAACGGACUAGUGGAGCGGGUCUUGGGGGUAUGGGUAGAUGGGAUAGAGGGAAGAGUGUUAGGAGGGAUGUCAGAGAGGUAGGCCAAAGUAGGGCUGUAGAGGGAGUGAGAGUCGCAUUGGGCUUUGGUGGUGGGAGUGGCGGGAGUGGCCAUGUGGUAGAGAGGAGAAGAAGCGUUAAGGUUUUGGCCCCUGGUGAGGAGAAUGUACCAUAA